AUACUCUUUCUCUCCAGCUUUUUCACGUGGAGUGUCUGAAUAGUUUUCUCGUUCUGUUGAAGACGAGGCAGCUGCAGGAGGUCUUCUCCUGACUACUGGCGUGAUGGGGGCUUGCUACAGCUCCUUAUCGUCGUGGUACAACUGGGCGCUGGGUCCCAGCGUCUUGUCCACUGGCAGAUAUCGAUAUCCGAGUGAAGGAGUGGAUGGGGAACCAACAAUUGAAUUCCACAACCUCAUCGAUGCCGACCCGGCUUUGCUGGAGCUGGGUCAAGGCGUUCCUGUAAUUACGGACCGAGAGAGGGAGAUCAUUGGCUCGGGCAGGUAUGAUGACAUCGUCAUUCACCAGGCUACGGACGGCACGGAAAGCAGGCAGCGCGACGAGGAGAUGAGACUGCAGCGCGAGCAGGAGGCCAUGUACGAAGCGAAACGAGAGCAGGCCAGAGCUGCACGCCAGGCGCAGAGCAUGGAGGCGUCCAGAGCCGCCGCCACAGCCGUGGCCGUGGCGCAGGCCACGAACCUUGCGCUCAGGCAAAAUGGCGAGAUGUACAUCUCGUCCGCUGCUCCGCCAGCCAGCGCCUCACCCCGCACUGAGGUGCGCAGUGAGGGAGCUGCAUCGUCACAAGCAUCCACGGACACGACGGACGGCAGGGAUUCGUCAGUCGUGGCACCUCUAAGCCUCAAUGGACUGCGCAGUGAGCCGAAACUGGACCCAGCCAGGGCGCAGAUUCAUGCUUUCGAGCAGAGUAUGAGCAAGGGUGGCAAAGCAGCCACGUCGACAUCGCCCAGCACUGAUAAGCGGAUGACGUCUGGUGGCAAGCAGUCCUCAACGGUGUUCACUGCGUCCACGACAUCAGUGCUCGGUGCUACAGUGAAGCCCCCGUCAACCAGCAGCGGACUGAUCGGCAGUAAUCCCCGGAUGAUGCAACGGGAGCCACCGCCCUUCACGGACACCGACCUCGUUGACGGUCUGCCCACGACGCACGCCGACCAACUGGCCAGAUUCGAGGCGGCUGGGUUCCACGCCGUCAGCGAUGUUCCUGCAGCAGCGGCGAGUGGUAGCAGUAGCGUAGUGUCCGCCGACACACCAGCACCCGCAGCCACGGUGAGCGACUCUGGCUUCAGUAUCGUGGACGACGAGGAUGACGACGACUUUGAGUCGUUCCUGGAGAGCGUGCAAGCGCAGGCAAUGGCCAGCGACAGUGCACCGAGCUCCGCGGCAGCCUCGUCUGCAGAUGAAACCGUUACCUUACCGGAUACUAGUACUAGUACUCUUACUCGUUCUGUGAGUCCGCCACCUGGUGAUUCACGUCCUGUGAGUAACGAGGCGGUGGCGUCAUUGGUGGCCGCCAUCACCAGUGGGGAUGAGGACGAAGAGUUUACGUCAUUCGAGGACAGCGUCCGGUAGAAGUUCUGAAAGGUACUCUGUCCGGGCUUUUUGUGUGUGUGUGUGCGUGUGUGCGCGCGUAUGUGUGUGUGUGUGUGUGUGUGUGUGUGUGUGUGUGUGUUCAUACAUGUGCGUAUAUGUCCACAACUACGUCCCGACUCUUCACUCUUGAUAUUUUUUGUGCACUCGAUGUAGUUCGCGCUCAGUCCUUGCUAGUGGUGUCAUAUCGGAACGUUUGCGUGUGACAUUUCUCCCUAUUUGCCUCUCCCUCUCCAUCUUUUUAUCAACUUUCUUACUCCAUCAAUGUCGCUCCACUUCUCACAAUCUACUUAUAAUACAAAAGUUGUUUUUCUGCGGAAAAAACGCAAUAUGCCACCUCCCAGUACCGUUAUUCCUUGUACUUUAAGCAUCAUAGUUAUUUAACCGCACGCUCUACGAGUUCUAGAGCUAGAGGUGCACUACUGUUGCAGUGCCAGAGCAAAGUAACUGCUGCGGUCUGUGCCGUGCUGAUCAAUAAUUCUUUUUGCUUUUCUCGCCAUGAAAUUCUCCGGACAGAAGUUGUCGCCGCUGCUGCUGCUGCUGGCGGCCCAAUACUGAGUGAAAGCUCAGGCUGAAAUUAUCAUUACCCAUCAAAUGUGAACUUUAUCAAACACACACGUGAACGACUAACAGUGCACGGUCGAUUCUAGAUUUUUGUGUCACGCUGCUGCUGCUGUUGCUGUCUGUGCUUGAGGCUGAUGCUACUACUUAUACAUUGCGUUGCUGUGUAUUAAUGUGUUUUUGUAUAGUGAAGUGAAGUUGCUUUAUGAUGUCGUCGCCGUCGCUCGUCGAUGUUGGAAUUUUGUUGCUGGCU